AUGACGCGAGAGGAACCCCUACUCGCCCGGCCUACCUCGCCCAACUCGUCUACUCACGGCAUCGAAGAGGAAGACGCCCUCCUCACCGGCCAGCCCACCGAUCGAUCUCACGCGAAUAGCAAGCGGAAAUGGAGAGAAGUUGGCCUCUUCGUCUGGGCUCUCCUUGCAACCAUCGCCGUCAUCAUUCUCGGUGUGGUAUAUCAGCAUGAAUCCACAGUCGGACGGGCACGGCCCAGAACGGGAGGAUGGGGUCCGGAUGGAAGACCAUCUGGCAAAAGAAAUAUGAUCUUUAUGGUCUCGGAUGGCAUGGGACCAACGUCGCUGUCAAUGACACGCAGCUUCAGACAAUAUACGACCGGAUUACCCAUAGAUGAUGUUCUGAUUCUUGACAGACAUCAUAUCGGCUCCUCGAGGACCCGAAGCAGCAGCAGUCUGGUGACCGACUCGGCUGCGGGCGCCACUGCUUUCUCAUGUGGACUCAAGAGUUACAAUGGUGCCAUUGCGGUCCUUCCAGAUCACACCCCCUGCGGAACAGUCCUGGAGGCUGCCAAAAGAGCGGGCUACAUGACUGGAUUGGUCGUGACGACGAGAAUCACCGACGCUACUCCCGCCUGCUUUGCCUCCCACGCGAAUCGAAGAGAAUAUGAGGAUCUCAUUGCAGAACAAAUGAUAGGUCACUAUCCUCUCGGUCGCGUGGUGGACCUGAUGGUCGGUGGUGGAAGAUGUCACUUCCUGCCCAACACAACUGAGGGCUCGUGCCGAGCCGAUGACAAGGAUAUCGUGGCCAUGGCCAAGGACAAAUACGGCUUUACAUACGUUGACAACCGGAAAGACUUUGACGAUCUCAAGGCUGGUGACGUGCAACUGCCGUUGUUGGCCUUGAUUGCAGACGGAGACGUCCCCUAUGAAAUCGACAGAGUGCACGUCUCUGACGUCUAUCCAAGCCAGGUUGAAAUGGCCCGACUCGCACUCAAGGCCUUGUCGGCUGCGACAAAGGACUCUGAAAAGGGGUUUUUCCUCAUGAUUGAAGGUUCUAGGAUCGAUCAUGCUGGACAUUACAACGACCCAGGCGCCCAAGUGCGAGAGGUCCUGGCCCACGACGAAGCCUUUGGUGCCGUUCUGGACUUCCUCGAAAACGAAGAGACGGAGGGCAUCCUUGUGUCCACCUCUGACCAUGAGACUGGUGGUCUAGCUGCAGCUCGCCAAUUACAUGAGACAUACCCGGCGUACCUGUGGUUCCCCGAAGUUCUUGCCAACGCCACACACUCGACUGAAUACCUCGCGCGCAAGUGGAACCAGUAUCUCUCGUCCAGUGCUGAUGCUCCACGCAAGGACAAAGGGUCCAAACUCCGUGACCUAGUAACCUCCGAUUUGGGCAUAUCAGAUCUCAGCCAGGAAGAGAUUGAUGGUAUCAUCGAUGCCACCCCGGUCUGGCCUCCCUUGUACCACUUCUCUGACAUAAUCUCUCGUCGGGCACAGAUCGGAUGGUCUACGCAUGGGCAUUCGGCGGCGGAUGUGAACAUCUACGCUUCGCACCCGAGUCACGCACCAAUGUUAGUGGGCAAUCAUGAGAACAUAGAAGUGGGUGAAUUUAUUGCGGAAUAUCUCGACCUGGACCUUGGAGUUAUUACGGCAGAGUUAAAGAGCAAAAAGGUCAAGACUUCGUCUCUGGGCGGAGAUGAGGAGGAGGACUGGGGGGAGUGGAUGGGUCCUCCUGGUCUACCCGUCAACCUGGAUGGAAGCCUGGUAGCACUGGAUGCAUAUCACGGGGAUUUCAAGCAUCGGAAACGCGAGGCCGAGGGAAUUGCAGGCUGCGGGUGCGGCAUGAAGCACUAG